AAACUUACUUGGUUUUGUUGCCCCUUCAUGAUCGCCGUUUGCUCCGCGGUGUCCAAGUGUUUUCCUUUGCCUCGCCAGGCCGGAUUCCGUACGUUCGCGAUUGUGUUUUUUAGAACUUACCCUCCAAAUCGCGCGUGCUUUGAGUUAGCGGAUAUAGAAUUAUCAAUCUCUAUUCACAAGUGAUCCUUAACACCUCACACUGCCAAACCAAUGUAAAGUAUAUCCUUUUGGAAAGACGGAAAAAUCUGUGUGUGUAAAAGUGAAAGUGAAUGCUAAAUUGAGAAACCCAGACUGAUUUUUUGCGUGAAAGGCAAGAACUUCUUUGGCGUUUCUCUCAGAGAGAAAUAUGAGUGUCAUAAACUGUGAUUAACUCACCUCUGGAUUUCGUACAAAAUUGAGAACAUUUUUCAAAAAUAAAUGAUACGGUGCGGAUGAUAAUGGAACAAUGACAACUAGAAAUCAGAACCUGAGCUACCGGUGAAUUCAAAUAAAUAUAAUCGUUGCUGACUCAGUGCCGCUUGCACUAUGCAACAGAGCCCGAAGUCAUCAUUCAUGAUCAAAGACCUGCUCAGUGAUGUUCUUCCCAGCAAUGACGAGCUGUCAGAUGAGGAUUACGGCGAGGAGGAGGACGAAGAAGAGAAGGAGGGGAUGAAGCUGAACGAGAUGCCCUACAAGGGGGGUCUGAGGGCCUACCCCCUCCUGGAGUUUGCCCAGGGGAAGGUGGGUCCCCCGACGGGGAGUCCUGAGAGACGAGAGCGCGAGGACAAGGGUCGGAAACCACGGCGGAGGCGGACGGCGUUCACGCAUGCGCAGUUGUCAUACCUGGAGAAGAAGUUCAAGAUCCAGAAGUACCUGUCCGUCGCCGAUCGGAGCGACGUGGCCGAGGCACUCAACCUCACCGAGACCCAGGUCAAAACGUGGUACCAGAACAGGAGGACGAAAUGGAAGCGUCAAAACCAGUUGCGGGCUGAACAGAAGCAACUACUAGUCGAGCACAACCAGUUGCGGUUGGUGGAAAAUCGGCGUUACGGGGCCCUAGGGGCGCGAGGAGCUAGUGUCGGGGGUGCCUCCGAGAAGGAGUUCGACGUUCCCCAUCCAGCCUUGGAUUUAGGGGCUUGUUGCCCCCCUUACGACCCUUCCUCAUCCGCAGCCGCCCGGAACUUCCUCGUCACCGCAGCCUCCCUCUUCCGAAACGUCACUUACGUCCACGGCUGCCAACUGUAACGCAACUCAGUUACUGACAAGCGGAUAUUCCACCGAUAAUUCCCUCAUUGGGCAUUCCCAGCACUGGAAAAAAAACACAUCGGAUCUAGAGUCCAG